AUGUCACCCAGUCCGCAAAUAACCAUGCACCAUGUGGUUGAGCUGGAUAGCAAGGCAAAACUUGUCAUGCCUUGGGUUUUUUGUCUGCUGUGGAUCACCUGGGUGGUCUCUCAUUGGGUGUACAACCUGUUCUUCCAUCCUCUCCGCAAGAUCCCUGGCCCGAGGUUAGCAGCCAUGUCAUCGAGCUAUGAGUUCUACUAUGAUGUUUUGAAGAACGGCCUCUAUCUCAAGAAGAUCAAAGAGUUGCAUGAGACCUACGGCCCCAUCAUCCGCAUCAACCCGCGUGAGGUUCACAUCGCUGAUCCAAGCUACUAUCAGCAAAUCUACACCAGCGGCACCCGCAAGGUUGAGAAGGACCCUUCCACCGUGGCAGGCUUCUCGGUCCCGAGCUCUGUCGCCGCGACGGUGGAUCACUUUCACCAUCGUUCCAGAAGAGGUUACAUCAACCCUUACUUUUCCAAACGAGCCAUCGUGGCACUUGAACCUGACAUUCAUGAGCGCAUUAGUGCACUUUCUGGACGUCUGCGACAGUCCAUGCUUGAGGGAGGCCACAUCUCCCUAGACCGCUCCAUCUCGGCCAUGACCGCAGACAUCAUCCUCAAGCGAUUCUACGGUCAACACUACGACUAUGUUAAUGAGCCCAAUUUUGAGUUUCCUAUCCGCGAUGGGUUUGCGGGUGUAUCGGUGAUUUUUCACAUCGCGCGGUUCGUGCCCACUGCCAUCCAAUUCCUCAGAAAGCUUCCCAUUCCUGUCAUUCGCUGUAUCCUGCCCAAGGUUGCAAACUUUCUUCUUCUUGAGCUGGACAUCUCGGAAAAGAUGCAUGCUAUUCUAAACUCGGAGAAGAAGCAAGAAGAAAACUCCAAGUCGGUCAUCUUGGAGUCGCUUAGUGAUGAGCGGAUACCGGCUCAGGAGAGAACCGUGAAGCGCCUUCUCGACGAAGGCUUGGUUCUCACUAUUGCUGGGACCGAGACAUCUGCGAGAGCCCUUUCAGUUGGCAUCUUUUACAUGCUAAGCAACAAGAACAUCGUCUCCAGAUUGCGAGAGGAAAUCAUGAAUGCGGUCCCAAGCGACCAGUCACCGGAUACGUGGACUCUGCAACAGCUAGAACCCCUACCAUUUUUGACUGGGUGCGUCAAAGAGUCUCUUCGUCUUUCAUUUGGACCCGUCAGUCGUCUUCCCCGUGUCUCAAAGGAGGAGGCGCUCCAAUACAAGGAAUACAAUAUUCCGGCUGGGUAUCCCGUGAGUCAGUCAACCUGGCUUGUUCACACAGACCCAUCCGUCUAUCCCAAUCCUCUCGAGUUUGAUCCCGAGAGAUGGAUCAGAGCGGCUCAGGACGGUACUCAGCUGGAAAAUUUCUUGGUCAAUUUUACAAAGGGCAGAAGACAAUGCCUAGGCAUCAAUAUGGCAUUUUGUGAGCUGUACCUCACAAUCGCUAGAUUGAUGUGUGGCUUUGAAAUGGAAUUGUGGGAUACUUCAUUGGAAGAUGUUCAAAUUCACCACGCACGCAUCAUCGGUACCCCCAAAUUUGACAAGACCCGCGGUGCAGGUCAAGGCGAAAUCGAGGUCAAGGUCCUGGCUGAGAGAUUUGAGUAA